UUGCUCCUGAUACCUUACUAGAUAAUCAAGCGACCAUAUUUCGUUAUUUACAGAUAAAGCAAAAACUUUCCCCCGCCACUAAUUUGCCAUUUUUAGAUUUGCCCCCAACAAACCUUGUUCCUAAUAUUAAAACGAGCAACGAAAAAGAACAAGCAAGUUUAGAGGUUUUUUCCCAAGCCCCAGCGUAUAAUAAUCAAGAAAUAACUUUAACUGUUUACGCGGUAGUUAGCCAUUGCGAAAAAAAAGAUAAUAACAAUUAUGUCUUGUUGCUCCAAGAUAUUCGCA